GGUAUCCCUUGAACAUUACUGGCAUACGGCUUGUCAAUGGUAUAGGUCUAACUGAUGGUAUCGUUGAGCUCAAGGUCAAUGAUACUUGGGGACAGAUUUGUCAAUAUCCACAUAAUAUAACAGAAGUAAGGCUUGUUGGGGGAACAGGUCCAUAUGACGGUCGUGUUGAAGUUAAGAUAAACGAUGGUUGGGGCACUGUUUGUGGUAAUUCCAUCGGAUCAUAUGAUGCCGACACUCUAUCUUAUCCGUUACAAAUAAGAGGUAUACGGCUUCUCGGACCUGCUGGCCACAAUGGUUCUGUUACGAUUCUGGUUGAUGAUAUUUGGGGAUAUAUAUGUAUCUACGGCUUUACUUUCGCAGAGGCGAACGUCAUUUGUAACAUGCUCGGAUUUCCGUUAGGAGCAAAUCAAGUUUACUCAGGUUAUACAAGUAACGAGCCGGCUUUUAUUUCAAAUCUUCAAUGCAAUGGACAUGAACGACAUAUCAAUCAGUGCUUUUACCAUGUAGAUAAUGAUUGUUUCGACAUUGCACAAGUCGUAUGUGCAGGGCAUCAGCCGCAUGUCACAGGGCUGCGUCUGGCCGGUACAAAUGGACCAUAUCAUGGAAGAGUCGAAGUUGAAGUAGAUGACAUAUGGGGAACAAUCUGCUCACAUGAAUACUUAUACAACUGGGACUAUUUAUACAACUCAGCAAAUGUUAUAUGCAAUAUGAUUGGAUUACGAUAUUACAACUACUAUCCUUUUGCACGUUAUGGGCGAGGAGAAGGUCCAAUACACAUAGAGAGUCUUAAAUGUUACAGCCCCAACUAUACAGACAUAAACGACUGCGAACAUGAUGCAAACAACAACAACAACUACUACGACUACUACUACUGUUCGCAUGCAGAUGAUUUUUCAGUGGUGUGCUUUGGUCCGUCUCUGAAUAUAACGGAUGUGCGAAUAAUAAAUGGAACAGGGCCUAACGAUGGUAGGGCAGAAAUCAAAGUAGACAAUACAUGGGGAACUAUUUGCGAUUCCAAUUUUGCUUUAAGAGAUGCGGAGGUGUUUUGUAACAUGCUUGGACUGAAAGCAAUGAGGUUCUUUACCGGGGCAUUGUAUGGAGAAGGAAGUGGGCCGGUUUAUAUUGAUCAACUUUUCUGUUAUAGUGAUGAUGUUGUUCUAAGUGAUUGUCAGUAUUUGUUUCUUAAUGAAUGCAGCCAUAGUAGAGAUGUUUCUAUAGCAUGUAAUG